AAAAAAUCAUUCUUCAAGAAUCCGUACAGUCCGUCGUGUUUCAUGUCAAGUUCCUUUUAUUCUUUUUUUUCUUUUCGUUGUUCCUGCUUCUUCUUCUUUUUUUUUAUUGUUGUUAUUAUUAUUCUCUAAAUGUAUCGCUCUUUAAAUAUUUGUAUUAACAAUUUAUUAUUUAAGUCACAUUCUAUUGACGUUGAUCUCAUUGAAUUUAUUAUUUAAAUUCACUGUUAACUCAAAAAAAAAAAAAAAAAAUUCUCAUUUGGAAAUCUUCGAGUGUCAGCUGUGUUGUCUUUUGAUUUAAAAAGUGAAGUGAGUGUCAAUUAAUUUUAUUAAAAAAAAAAAAAUUGCCAUAUUUUGACUCCCUGUAACUGUGCAAUUUUACAUUUCAACAAGUGUGUUGUAUGUAAAUUUUUACACAAAAAUAUGUUCUCGUGAGGCUCGGGCUCGAUGAAAAUCGCGCAGUUAGCAGAAAGUGAGAGGGACAAGGAUAGAGGGUUAAGGAGAGAGUUAAAUAAAAGGAGUAGGGUGUUUGGUGUUUUAAAGGGGGAUUUUCGGCAAGGUCGCCGUGUGACUUGGUGAGAAGACCCCUUUUUCCCCCCUCAUUUAUGCGUACAUAUGCGUCCACAAAAACUAAAAGGAUUCUCAAGGAGGAAUAUUGUCAUUAGUAUGUUUGCUGUCAAACGGUGAGACGCGCACUCGCGCUUUUCUUCGCUAUCACAAUUCUGAUAACGAAAUUUUCGCGAGUGCCUUUCCCAUUUCGACAUGCGGAAACUGUCCGCACAUCGAGGAUUUGCCUUCUUUACAUUAUUCCUCUUUAUUGGCCAUUUAUCUCGCACUGCCUUCACUGCCACCACAUUUCGUAUUCACGAUGACGAACAACAAAAUCAACAAAUACUUUCAUCAAAUGGAGAGAAUACCGGAAGUCAACUCCAAAUGUUUGUGGACAUGGUUCAAUCGUCCGGUUACACGGCAGAGGAGCAUGACGUCACCACUGACGAUGGAUAUAUUUUGUCAACUCACCGAAUAUCUGGAGGUCCAAAGUCACCAGUCACACCGGGAAAACCGGUAGUGCUUCUUAUUCAUGGACUGUUUGCCGCUUCUGAUAUCUGGAUUCUGAGAGGACCUGGAAAAGAUUUGGCAUAUUUAUUGUGUGACGAAGGCUACGACGUAUGGCUUUUAAACACGAGGGGUAAUUUUUAUGGCAAACGCCACAAACGGCUGUCACCCAAAGAAUCGAAAUUUUGGCGUUUUAGUUGGCACGAGUCCGGAGUGCAUGACGCUGCUGCAACAAUUGACUAUAUACUGAAAACCACUGGUUUGGAAAAGGUGUCACUCCUUGGCCAUUCCAUGGGGACCACCAUCGAAUUAGUUCUACUUUCAAUGAAGCCUGCUUAUAAUGAAAAAGUGAAUGUCGUUCUGUCAUUUGCACCUGUUGCAAUUUUCACCCAUGUGCUCCCGGGACUGGUUAGUACUCUUGGAAUUCGCUAUGGAAAACAGUUGCAGAAAACAUUUCAAUUGCUGGGAAUGCAUGAAAUAUUCCCCAGAAGUUCGAGCGCCGUGGGUGUUUAUUCCUCAUUGUGCGAAGGACCGAGAAUUGAAUAUUUUUGCCGAAAAUUAUUUUUCAAUCUGAUUGGUCUCACGAAUGCUGACAAUUUCGAUACAAAUAUGAUCCCAACGAUGUUAAAACACUUCCCUCAAGGAACUUCAAUUGAAACUGUUCUUCAUUAUAGACAAAUUAUUAUAAGUGGAAAGUUUAGUCAAUAUGAUUUUGGUCCUGAAAGGAAUGUAAUUCUUUAUAAAAACAUGACACCACCGGAAUAUUCUCUUGAAAAUAUUACUUCACCAGUCAUUUUAUAUUAUGGACCAAAUGAUGCUUACACUACUAGAGAGGACGUAAUGGUGUUGCGUUCAAAAUUACCAAACGCGACAUCUCGCCAAGUGCCAUUUGAGAUGUUCAGUCAUCUCGAUUUUUUAUUUUCUAAUGAUUCAAAAAGACUCUUGUACAAUGACGUUAUGAAUGUGCUGAAAAAUCAUGUGGACGAUACAAGAAUCAACGAAACUCAACCAUAAAAAAAUUCCCACUCAUUAUUUAUAUUUGUAUAGUUCUUAAAUUAUAUUAUUUAUUAUAUCAGUUUAUUAUUGUCCUUAUUAUAUAAGCAUAAAUUUUGUUUUUAAUAAAUUUAAUGGAGGUAUA